AAGCAAUUGAACGAGCUUUCGAGUUCAAUGGAAAAUGACAAUGAAGAGACAAAAGUAACCAAAGGAAAAAGGAUCGAUGAAUUAAUGCAGGUCAUUGAAGGCAAAGAAAAGAUUAUCAAGGAGAAAGAUUAUUGAUUUUGAGGAAAACAUAUUCGCAGUAGAAGAGUCCAUGGAGGAAAAACUAAAACAACAAAACAAUAUUAUUAAUGACUUAGAGGCCGAGUUACAGCAAAUAAGAGUAAUAAGACAAGAUCUUAAAUCUGAACAACAAAAUUCCGAAGAACUUACUAAAAUAAUCGAGAAGAUGGAAAAGGAACUGGUUUGUCAAAAGACGGAACAGCCAAGAUAUGAAGAACUUGUAAAGAAAAAAUCACGACAUGCAAAAGGACGCCAGAAACAAGGAAGAAAUCAUGAAGAAUAGGGAAAUUCAAGUGGAGACAGAUGAACUCAACGAUGUGCUAAGUGUAAACAGAGAGGAAGAGGCUGAUCGCUUAAGCAAAGAAAUUGUGGAUAAAAAUAAAACCAUCGAGAGUAUAAAAGGGCAAAUACAUAGAUUAAAAUUAAAUUGUAAUGAACAUGAGAUAAAGUUAAGGAGCUAUGAAGAAGGUAUUGAAAUAAAGAGGAAAGAAGUGGAAGAUCAAAAUGCAAUCAAUAGAGAGGAUUGGAAAAAAAGAGUUGCAGAACUCUGUAGAUGUUGAAAAUAAUAAUAAUAAUAAUAAUAUUUAUUAUCUCCAGAAAAAUUACAUUCCAAACAGUUAACUAAGAU